AAAUGAGUGCAAUCGAUUGUCGGUCUGGCUUAGUGUUGAUUGAGCUGCUGAAGGCAAUAAAUCAUCAAUAAUGCGCAAGGAGACGAUUGUCAUUUGCCUCGUCCUGGCCGCCUGCUGCUGCGCCUAUCCGCAGAGCACGGAGGCACCGUCCUCAACAACUACGCCAAAGCCCGAUGUGGAUGAAAAUCCCAGCAGCAGUACGACAAUAACGAUCAUCUCUACAACAGAGAAGCCCAAGUCUGAACUGGAAGCAUCGACGACGCCCAACUCAGAUGCAUCGAGUACCGCCCCGAAAGGUGGCAAUGCACCGAGCACUACGCCCAACUCAGAUGCAUCGAGCACCGUCCCAAAAGGCGGCAAUACACCGAGCACUACGCCCAAUUCAGAUGCAUCGAGCACUACGCCUAAGGACGAUGAUGCCGAAGUUAAGGAGCUGCUGGCCAAGUGCGAGCAGCUGCGCCGGCGUCGCAAGCGGGACAGCUCGUCGUCCGAGGAGGAUGAGGACAGCCACGAGCAGAAGUCGGUCAAGAAGGAGCGCAAGAAGCUGAAGAAGAUGUGCAAGGAGCUCAAGAAGCAGCAGGAACGCAAGCAGCAGCGGCAGGGAUCGGAAAGCCUACGCGAGCUAGCGCAGGCUCUGCACAACUACCAGAUGAAGCAGAGGGAGCGCAAUGAUCGUAGAACGCACUAAGCGAUGAAAUGCAUAAAACGAUAUUGAGCUCAUUUUUUUUUUUUUUUUUAA